UUGACUCAUGUUUUUGCGCUUGUCAGAGAGAGAGACCGAGGAGAAAACGUGGACGGUGUACUUUAUCUUCUGUUAAAUCAAUGUUUGAUUUAACAGUGUCGGUAAUUUGACAGAUAUUGAUACUAAUACCAGAGUUUAAAAAGACAACGUUAGCUAUAAAAUGACGGAACGGUCCUCAUUGUUACUACGUAAACAAUUAGCAGAGCUCAACAAGAACCCAGUGGAAGGCUUUUCUGCAGGUCUUGUAGACGAUGAUGACAUCUAUCAGUGGGAAGUGGUCGUCAUUGGGCCUCAGGACACAUUAUUUGAAGGAGGUUGCUUCAAAGCCAUUUUAACCUUCCCCCGUGACUAUCCUCUGAAGCCUCCCAAGAUGAAGUUUAUCACAGAAAUCUGGCAUCCAAAUGUGGCAAAAAAUGGGGACGUCUGCAUCUCUAUCCUACAUGAACCUGGCGAGGACAAGUAUGGCUAUGAGAAGCCUGAGGAGCGCUGGCUGCCAAUCCAUACAGUGGAGACCAUCAUGCUCAGCGUUAUCUCCAUGUUGGCAGACCCCAAUGGAGACUCUCCUGCCAACGUUGAUGCAGCUAAAGAGUGGCGGGAGGAUCCUAAAGGAGUUUUUAAGAAGAAAGUGGCACGUUGUGUGCGGAGGAGUCAAGAGAUGGCUUAUGACUAAGGCCUUACUCCAGUCACCAACAGAAUUGGAACUGCACAGGGGAUUUGACAACUGGUUACACUUAAGUCGGCAACAUGACCACGGGGCACAACUUUGUCAGCAUCAACUAGUUACCGAAACGGGAAAAAAAAACUCACAGGAAAAUAAGUUUUAAACUCAUAGUUCUCUACUAAUCUGUGACUUGCAGUUUUAGGGUCGAUAUUUAUAAAUUUUGCUGAAUGAUUGUAGCAUUUAUUCCGCCACAAGUUUGUUUUCCAUUUUCCACCAUCAGUUGCACAAGACACAAUUUGUGGUGAAGCAUCAGCAUUUCGCUUACAGGAAGAUAAAUAAUUAAACCAAAUACUUUCUCUGUUAUGUACAUCUGAUUUUCAAAGAAAUCAUCCCCUUUGAUAAAUGCACCAUGUUGUUAAAGUUAGUUUACUUUAUAUUUACCUAUUUAUUCAGAGUGAGAUUGCUUUAAAAUGCGAAUCGUCUGUUAUGGAGGUUUUUGUUUAUUAUCAACCUGCCACACUGAGCCAUCCAGUUUACAGUUAAUUCAUUAAUUAUGCAGUUUUUCAGUCAUUAAAGAGAUGAAAGUACAGACACUGGCUCUUCCUUUCGCUGCACACCCUAAGUGUGCUGCAGAGAAAGGGGUCCUUCUCUCCUUGAGGGGCGAACUUCUUAUCACCCAGCUCUGCCUUAACUUUGACUGCCAGCGAAGAAAACUUAUCUCUAAAAAAGGACUGCAUCUGGAUGCUUCUUUUGAAUCCAGAAAAAAAACUAUUGUGGGCAAACCAAAGAGAAUACACCAAUAAAUAUAUAUUUUAAUUAACAUGCUACAUUUUUUUACUUGUAAAUAUAAACUGUCGGAAAAUGUUGCAUAUGUACAGGGAAAAUGCAUUGGCCUUGCCUGUGGGUGAGGCGGUGUGUUGAUAUUGUACAGUAGCGCUUCAAUUAGGCCUUUUUCACAGACAACAGUUGAACAUGUCACUGAAGGGAAAGCAGAGGUGUAAAUGAUCAAAUGAAUGAUGAUGACUGAAUUCCACUGAGCUGCUCCUGUUUCAGGGUCCUGGUAUUAUGCAUGCAGUGUCGCUGUCAUGCUUUACAGGGAAACUUGAAAACAACAGAGCCAUUGCUAAUGUUAUUAGUAACACCUUUGCUUUUUCUAUUAUGACAAGUCAAAAUAUCUGCUGUGCUAAAGCUACCACAAAAUGAUCUGCCGAUCACGUGACUCUCUUUAGCUAAACGGUAAUUGUAGCAAUUUUAAUGCUUAGUUGUGGGAGUAAUUUUAGUAUGUAUGCAGUGGCACCCACUUUGUAAGUCAAUGAAUUUUACAUUGUGAAAACAAGUAAUAAACCUCAUCAUGGACAUGUUUGAGAGAU